CUUGUUGCCAAGUGAUACUGGGGUAGAGGCUUUGAUUGUAGAUUGAAGCAUAUAGGAGUAAGCAGGGAGUUAGUGUCAAAAGUUAUGUGUGUAAUACGUUGGGAAAGAACGUUACUGAAACCCCUUCGGUUGUAGGAUUCAGCCUAGGAACUGUUUAAUUUCAGUUUUCGGAAAAUGACUGAAACUGUUUUUAAAGCGCCAAAAGCAAAAAGAUCUCCAAGUGCAGAUGAUGAUGAUGAGAUGUCGUCAACAGCAUCAAAACGUCCACGCACUGCAGAAGACUUCUACCUUUUCUGUAAAUUUAUUUUGGAAUAUGAAAAUUAUGAGCAAGAGGAAUUAUGUGACAAAGCGGGCAGUCCUCUGAGCAGCAGAAGUAGUGUUGAAGACAGUAUCAAGUCAGAGUCACCUUCUAAUAGUGCCAAUGAGGACAGGAAAGGUUUGGAAACAGCAAAGGCUGCUUCUUCACAGGAUUGGAACUGGAAUGGCAUACACUUUUCCGAAGAAGAUUCAUAUGACUUGGUAACAUGCUACUGUACCAAGCCAUUUGCCGGAAGGCCCAUGAUCGAAUGCAGCAAAUGUCUCACGUGGAUCCAUCUCUCUUGUGCCAAAAUAAAGAAAACAAACAUCCCAGAAGUGUUCAUUUGUGUCAAAUGCAAAAACAGGAAAUUCAACAGUGUCACAUCAAGUUCGUCUGUUAGACACAAGAAAAGAGUGACUGUGUGAUCAAUUUCAGAAAAUAGAAACAUCAAGGAUGAUGCGUAAACUAUUUGACCAGCAAAUUAGGCAUUUAGUGGAAUGCUGUGAAAUUUGCGCUCAGUUUAUUUCAGGCGGGGCAUGUGGGAUUUGUCAUGUUUUAUUUCUGUGACAUCCAGGUGUAUAUUUAGGAAUGAAAAGUUCUUGCAAGUAAAUACUUACGUGUUCCAUUUCCUGUGUCUGAAAAGUCUUUGGAGUUGUUCAGAGUUGAUUUUUGCGUUCAGGGGCAAGUGUAAAAAUUUGUUAUGCCUAACUCCUAGGACUUCUCCGGUGUCUUGGAAACGUAAAUAAGAAUGAAAGGUGACGAAAGACUCUCGGGCUACAAGCCGCGGCUGAAAGGUGAAUAAACCGUAUCUUCUGCCAAUGUUUCAAGAACAUCCUCUGUUCUCAUCCUCAGGGUUGCUGGGUAACCAGAUGACAACGGAGGUUUUUCUUGUAGCCCAAGAGCCUUUUAAUCAACUUCAGUCACCGAGAAAGGUGUUGCUAGUUUCAAGCUUGAAUUAGGAGGAUGAAUUUUGUUACAAAACAGAAGCAGUUUUUUUGCUGAUAUUGCCAUAUACAAGCAUAAUUUUUUAUUUAUGUUUUUUGAGAUAGGUGUCAAGACUUAAUUAUUUGUGCUGCCUAAUUGUUUGGAAGAUCGUGUUUCUUGUUACCUUCCAGUAAUUUGGUUCUAACCAUUGUUGCUCUGUUUCAUAAGAUUUUACUUUGAGAAAAUAAAAUGUUAAUUUUCUCA